AUGCCAAAUUGUUUAGAAGAUCCAAGCAAAACUCCACCACAGGUUAAUUUUGUUGUUGCCAUCACUAUAGCUGUAUCGACAUCAUUUAUACAAUCUCUUGGUUUAACCAUACAAAGAAAAUCUCAUGUCUUAAACGAAAGCACUUCAAGAGAGUUAAGAAGAUCUGCGUGUAGAAGACCAUUAUGGCAUCUAGGUUUUGAUACCUAUUUAAUCUCAAAUAUAAUUGGAAGCGUGUUUUCAAUUGGGUAUCUUCCUAUAAUUAUAUUAGCACCUUUAGGAGCAGUUACUCUUGUUUUUAAUGCUUUUUUUGCAAAAUUAUUACUAGGUGAUGUGUUUACUAAAAAAUCUUUUAUAGCAUUUGGAGUUGUUCGCGAAUCAGCGCAUUCCCUUGAAGAUUUGAUAGAACUAUAUAAAAGACCAGCUUUCAUUGUGUAUUUUUCAAUAACCGAAUUUGUGGUAAUUAUACUUUUGUCACUUAACAAAUAUGGUGAACAUCUAUUGAGUAAGAUAUCAAAGAAUGAACGAGAUCCCAUUUUUGGAUGGUCAAUGAAAAAAUUUCAAACUAUUCUUGGAAUAUCAUAUGGAUGUGUUGGUGGGAUGAUAUCAAGUCAAAGUUUAUUAUUUGCAAAAAGUGGUUUAGAAUUAUUAGUGUUAACUAUAAUCUACCGAGACAAUCAAUUCAAUAAACCACUAAGUUGGAUUAUUGUGAUAAUAUUGGCUGUUACAGCUUUGUUACAGCUUUACUAUCUCAAUAAAGGAUUAAGGUUAUGUGACACAGUUAUUCUUAUACCGCUUUCAUUUUGUUCUUAUAACGUGUCAACUAUAUUCAAUGGGCUUGUUUAUUAUGAUCAAUGGACUUGUUUACAUUGGUGGCAAUUAGUUUUAGUGGCAGUUGGUAUUUGUAUUUUGUUAUGUGGAGUUUUAAUAUUGUCAUGGAGGAAAGGUACAGCUCUAGAAGAAGGAUUAUUAGCGGGAGAAGAUAGCAAAUU